ACGGACGGAACCGCCGCGCCCGCCCGCCACCACCACCACAUAUACACACACGACUUCCCCUGUCCGUCCCCGCCAACCCCCCAUAGCAAGCAAGCAACAAGAACAGAGGAGAUCUGGAGAAGAAGAAGAGGAACUCCAUUGCUGCUAGCUAGCUCCUGAGUCCUGACCUUCUCCUUCCAGCUCCCCUCUGUCUUUCUUGGUCGCCAUGGCAACCAUCCUGGAGAACAUCCAGAAGGCGAGGUUCCUGCCGGCGCGGCCGCUCAGGGACGACCUGCCAACCUUCCAGGGCGGCGUCGGACCCAAGUCGGAGAGCCACCUCAUGGGUCUCCGCAAGAGGCUCUCCAGCUUCUCCGGCAAGAUCCAGCCCAUCUCCUCCGCCUCCGCCGAGUGGGCCUUCCGCCGCUCCCAGUCCGCGCCCUCCCUCGCCGCGGCCUUCGGCUCCACCGGCCCCAUCAAGCGCUGGUGGGACUGGGGCGUCGGCUGGCUGCUCUCCAAGAAGCUCGGCUUCGCCGACGACCUCGAGAUGAACGAGGAGGAGGUGGCCGCGCUCGGACGCCAGAGCAGGGGCACCUUCGCCCACGUCCUCUACAAGAUGCGCUCCGGGGUGCGCCGCUUCGUCGUGUCCUCCCACUCGCUGCCCACCACGCACACCUACAAGAACUCGCUCCCCACCUCCUCUUCUUCGCACAAGGCGCAGUGCAAGCCGGCCGCGCAGCAGCAGUUCGCCUACACCCAGAGGAGCUUCCAGUACGGGCAGGCCAUGGCGCACUGAGGAUCCUCCGCCCAGUGAGUGCGUCUGUUCUUUCUUCUUUGGUGGGAUAUGGCUAAGAUCUGGUGGUCUCUGUCCAUGGGAUCCAGCAAUGGGUAUGACGACUAGCUCAAGAACAGCAAGAUUCAGGUAUGAGGUGCGAGAUCGAUGGUGGAAUGUACAAGACAACUAUAAAUAUGCUGGAAUUUACUUAGAAUCGCAGUAGUGUACAACCGUGCUGUUCUAUUUUUUGUUGGUGAAAGUAGAUCUCAUGUUCCUACGUGUAGAUGCCGAAAUUGUAUGUUGGUUCUUUCCAUUCUUUUUUGGGUUCGUCGGACGAUGUAAAUGUUCGGUCUAUUCCUUAUCUUCUUUGCCUCCUGCGGUAAAUAAAAGCUAAUGCAGAUUCGUGCGAGUA